AAGUAAAUUGGAGGAAUCAAUCAUUAUUUUUGAUGUGAAGACUUCAUCACUGACAUCUGUAUGUUCAUUUGUCAGCCUCCAAGAAAUAAUACAGCUCAUCAGUGGCAAUAACUGCUUUUGGUAUACACUGACAUUUAUUUGAAAAAACAAAUAAAAAAACCCCAACAGACAAAACCCAACAAACCUUUUGAAGACUUGUGUCAAAUGACGUCAAUGGCCAGUUUGUUCUCCUUUACUAGCCCAGCUGUAAAGCGUCUGUUGGGCUGGAAACAAGGAGAUGAAGAGGAAAAAUGGGCAGAAAAAGCUGUUGAUGCUUUGGUAAAAAAGCUGAAAAAGAAAAAAGGUGCUAUGGAAGAACUGGAGAAAGCCUUGAGCAGUCCAGGACAGCCCAGCAAGUGUGUUACUAUCCCCCGCUCUUUAGAUGGACGACUUCAAGUUUCUCACAGAAAAGGCCUUCCCCAUGUAAUUUACUGUCGUGUUUGGCGUUGGCCUGAUCUACAAAGCCAUCACGAGCUGAAGCCAUUGGAUAUUUGUGAGUUUCCUUUUGGAUCUAAACAGAAGGAAGUCUGCAUCAAUCCAUACCACUAUAAGAGGGUGGAGAGCCCAGUUCUACCUCCAGUGUUAGUGCCUAGACAUAGUGAAUUCAAUCCACAGCACAGUCUACUAGUUCAGUUCAGGAACCUAAGCCACAAUGAACCACAUAUGCCACACAAUGCGACAUUUCCAGAUUCUUUCCAGCAACCCAACAGCACUCCAUUUUCCAUUUCGCCAAACAGUCCCUAUCCACCUUCUCCAGCCAGCAGCACUUACCCAAGCUCCCCAGCUAGCUCUGGACCAUCCAGUCCGUUUCAGCUACCGGCUGAUACUCCACCUCCGGCAUAUAUGCCCCCUGAUGAUCAAAUGGGGCAGGAUAAUUCUCAGUCUAUGGACACAAGCAAUACAAUGAUCCCUCAAAUCAUGCCAAAUAUAUCUACCAGAGAUGUUCAGCCUGUUGCCUAUGAAGAACCCAAACACUGGUGUUCGAUUGUGUAUUAUGAAUUAAAUAAUCGUGUUGGGGAGGCUUUUCAUGCAUCUUCUACAAGUGUCUUAGUAGAUGGGUUUACAGAUCCCUCCAAUAAUAAAAACAGGUUCUGCUUAGGUUUGCUCUCAAAUGUUAAUCGCAACUCAACAAUUGAGAACACUAGACGACAUAUUGGAAAAGGAGUUCAUCUCUACUAUGUUGGUGGGGAAGUCUAUGCUGAGUGUUUAAGUGAUAGCAGCAUAUUUGUGCAGAGCAGGAACUGCAACUACCACCACGGCUUUCAUCCAACAACUGUAUGCAAGAUUCCUAGUGGAUGCAGUCUGAAAAUUUUUAACAAUCAGGAGUUUGCUCAGCUUUUAGCUCAGUCUGUCAACCAUGGAUUUGAAGCAGUGUAUGAGCUCACCAAAAUGUGCACCAUUCGAAUGAGUUUUGUAAAGGGCUGGGGAGCUGAAUAUCACCGACAAGAUGUCACGAGCACCCCGUGCUGGAUAGAAAUUCAUCUUCAUGGGCCCCUCCAGUGGCUGGAUAAAGUACUUACACAAAUGGGUUCUCCUCUUAAUCCCAUCUCAUCUGUUUCAUAGUGCUGAAAUUCUAUCUUCAGCCUUAUUUUUAGAGAACUUAUUAUAAUUCUAGAGAAACUUCCAGUGUGGAUACUGUGAGCUAUAUGGAGAAUGGAUCUUACGGUUUAACUUUUUUUUUAAAUCCCUUUGUGACCAAUUCCAUUGUGUAUAGCUAAUCAGUUUUACAUUUCAAUUUGUUCUUGUGAUGCUUAAGUGACAGUUGAGCCCUAAGGGAAAAAAAGUCUAUUGAAAAAUUCAGAACACUUUUCCCCUUCUUCAAGUAGAACUUAAACAGGCAUAUGUCUUAACUGGAAAUUUUUUUUCUCUUUGUCCUGUAGGGACAAGAAUUAUGAAGACUGACUUCAGAAAAUAAAUACAUAUCAUAGUUUGGGAUUGUUUUAACAUUUAUGAAACUGUUUCAGUAUGUGCAGCUCCAGCUUGCAAGCUGUAUUUUUAGUGUAGUUGUUUAACAUCUUAAGGUUGACAUCUGUCAUAAGCAAA